AUGGCUUAUCUUUUACUGUAUGUCGAUGAUGCCAUUUUGACUACUUCCUCGGAUAAGCUCCGUCAGUCAAUCAUCUCCCUUCUUAGCUCGGAAUUUGCUAUGAAGGACUUGGGCUAUUUGAGCUAUUUUCUGGGCAUUGCAGUCACUCGUCAUGAAGCAUCUCCCACUCCGGUUGAUACAAAACUGAAGCUCGGUACUACUACGAGCAAACCGUUUGAGGAUCCAUCUCUUUAUAGGAGUCUUGCUGGAGCACUUUAG